AUGCUGGAAAGCGGCAACGCCCUUUGGUCGCUCUCGAGAACGCACAUCGACCAUUUUGCUGCGUACGCAGCGCACGCCCGCGAGCAACUGUCCAUUGCGGACGAGCUCCACGAGUAUCACUCGGUUCGCCACGCGUGGCGGGCGUGGCACUUUGCUCUGCAACGUCAGCAGAUCCAGCGACGCUGGCCGGGCCAGUGGGCGACGCAGCGUUUACGGCGCGCGAUUGCCUCCUGGCAUCGACAUCGUUACGACCGCGUGACGCGCCGAACGCAGACCCUCGAGGCGCGCCGGUACUUUCUACGCGGCCUGCAGCGACGGAUGUGGCAUCAGUGGUGGCAGUACGUGCAGCUGCGCCGUGCCGGACGCGUGCGCCGACGUGAGACCAUCGAGCACCUUCUUUGGUUUCGGGUUGCUCAGCGGGUCACGCAAUGGCGCCACGAAGCAAAUGCAAGAGCCCAAACUCGGUCGCUCGUUUUAUUGGGGCACACGAAAAGCCUCGCGCACCAGCAGCGCCGCCAUGUGCGCCGCUGGUGGACGCAAAGUCGCUUGCGUCGAGAACGCGAAGAACGCGCGACCGCCGCUGCGGCGUGGCGGCGCCAGAAGCAAGUGUGCAUGCCGUUCCUCGCCUGGGCGCGUACGGCAGAGCGGCAGCAACAGCUCCGAAAGGACGUCGCCGAGCGUUUAGGGUACCGCGCCAACGUGAUGGCCGGUCGAGUGCUGCAGCGGUGGCGUGCGUUCGCGGCCAAAGCGCUCACCAAGCGAGCGGCGUCCGAGCAUUACCUGCAGCGGAGUCUGCAGCGGCGCAUCCGGCAGUGGCACGCCAUCGCAGCUCAAGAUCGCGAGCUUCGGCGACGCCUCGGGCGCUCCGUGCACGCGAUCGUCGACUUGACGCAACGAGGUGUCGUACGCGCGUGGGCCUCGCACGCUCGACAGCGGCGGCAAAAGGAGCAGAACCUGCGCGUCGCAACCGACCAUGCACGUCAGCGGCUGCGCCGCCGCGUCUACGCGCACUGGCUCGAUGUCUACCGUCGGCAGCUGCGGCUGCGGGAAGGUCUCCAGAUGCACCGCGUGCGGCUUCGACGCCGCGUUCUCAUCGCCUGGUCGCAUGUUCAAGCCCAAAAAGCAAGCGCACGGGAGCAGUCCAAGAGAGCACGCGCCCAUCAAAGUCGCGUGACCUCCCAACGCGUCCUCGCUCAGUGGCUGGUCGUGCAGCAGCGCGCCCAGCAGCAUAACGAGGCCCUUGUCCAGGCUCGUCUCCUCCGCCUCGCGACCCGGCAAUGGCAUCUGCAGAGUCGUCUCAAAUGCUUUCAAGCAUGGCAACGGUACACGGCGCGCACGCAGCGCAAGACCCGGAAUGCAACGGUGAGCACGUGGCUCUUCUUACGCCAGACGCGCCGUCGCAUCUUUCUCCACUGGCGACGGGUAUGCGAACAGCAGCACGACUUGGCCCGACGCGCUGACGUGGCAGCGCGCAUGGCGAGUACGCGCAUCUACCGCGUGGCGUGGCGUCACUGGCAGCGCUUUCUCCAUGCCGCCCACGGUCGCCGGCGCGCGCUGGCACACGCGCGAACGUUGCGCACACAGCGACAACUCGGUGCGUGUUUCCGGUCGUGGAUCCACCGGUCCGAUCGCAAACGGCUCGAGCGCGCCAGGGCGGUCGAGCGCGCCGAGGCCAUUGGCCUCCUCAAGCUCGAACUCGGCGUUGGCGCGUGGCGACGGUUUGCGUCGGGGCGGCGGCGCUACCACGUGCUGGAAUGCCGAGCGAUGGAGCACCUGCGCCAACGCCGCCUCGUGCAGGUGCUGGACUCAUGGGUCGCGUACCGCUACGUUCACAAGGAGCGGGCGCUCGCGCGCGAAAUUGCGGCGGCGCAUUUCGCACACAAAGCGCAGUCGAGCCACUUUGACGCGUGGAUCGAGUACUCGUUUCUUUGCUAUCAAAAGCAGCAAGCCCAAGUGCACUACACACGGCGUCUCCUCACGUCGUUCUUGACGCGUUGGGUCAACGCGCUUGCGGCGUCGACGGUCUCGCCCGACGAGCUCGCACGCGCCCACGCGUUUCGACGCAGAAGAACCUUGCGAGGCGUGUGGCGGGCGUGGCGCUGCUUCGGCGUCGACCGCCUCCAAGCUCGCAUGGCGCGUCUGCAUGCCAGCCGCCAGCGGCUGCACGCGGCGUGGCAGUCGUGGCGCCACGCCAUCCACUUCUCGCGGCAACUGCUGCACGCGCGCGCGUACUUUAGCGCGUCGUCGCUCUGUGUCCAUUUUCUGCGCUGGCGACGCGCCGUUGAGGUCGUGCAGUCGCACCGACGCAGCGCCGACCGACUCCGCCGUCUUCGGCUCACGCACGUGGUGGCCCGAUGGCGCGUGCACGCCGACGCAGCGUCCGAGAGCCGGAUGCAGCAGCACACCGCUGUCCGCGCUGCGUACAAAGGCGCGCUUCGGUGUCAUUUCCGGUCGUGGCGGGCGACCACCGAUCGACGGGUUGCGCACGGCCGUCUUUUGGAGCGCGUGCGAAGCCACCUGAGCAGUCAGAGUGCUCGGACGACCUUUGAACGGUGGUGUCGCUUCACGGCUCGGCGUCGCAGCGACCGAGAGGCGACUGCGAUGGCCGAGAGCCACUGGAUUGCGACCAAGCAACGCCUUGGUGUUCUAUCUCUCGCGAUUGCUGUCGACACCGCCCACGAUCGGCGGGCGACCGCCGCGAGACUGUGUGUGUUUACGCUGCAGCACGUCCACCGCCGCGCGUUUCUUGGGUGGGUGGGCGCCUCGCGCGUAGCGAAAGCGACGCGAGCUCUGCUCCGCAAGGCGCAGCAGCACUUUGGCAAGAAAAGCCUGCGCCAGAGCUGGCAGCAGUGGCGCGCGUUCCAAGGAUACCUGGCGGACCUCCGUCGUCGGCUCUAUACGGCACGCCACGUGUUUUUUAGUUCGCUUCUUUCGCGGUCGUUUGCGCGCCUCAAGACGUUCGCAUGCCGGAAGCGCCAGCUGCGCACGCUCUCAUCGUCCCAACGGCAUCGCCUGCAAUCGACGAGCUUUGGCCGGUACCGCUUCCCACUCUGUACGACACGAAGACGCAUGAAGCGAUGUAGGUGGGCCGCGUACUGCCACGAGCGCAAGCAUCGACAGCACCGCACGGCGCGCGCCGUCAAGCUCCACCGUCAGUCCCGGCAGCGACACUGGUUUGCGCAUUGGCGCAGCGUGGCCUGCGAGCGCUGGAUGACGACGUGGCUCGUCGCGCAUGCGGUGAAUGUGCGCGCGCAGCUCGGUCUCUUGCACGGCGUCCGUCGCUGGCACGAGCGAAUGCAACGCCGACGCGCCGUGGCCCGCCUGCUGUCGCAGCAUCGACGGCCGCGGGACCUCGGCCGUGUACGCGACUGCUGGGUCGCGUGGUGCCACCACCGUGCCAUUCAACGCGCGCACACUGCGCUGGCGCACUCCACCGCACGCCAUCGGGCAAGUCGCAGCCUCCGCGCGUGGCUACUCGCCUACGUCCAUCGCGCCCCCUCGUUGUAG